CCCAAGGAACUCUCUAAGUGCUGGAAAGCAGAUAGCUAUUGAGCUAUUGUAUUAGUGUGAUUGUUAUUCAAUUUAUACUAUAUUGUACCAAACUACAGCAUAGCUAUGUAUGGAAGUGCUCGUACAAUCACUAAUUUGGAAGGCAGUCCUUCCAGAUCACCUCGUUUGCCAAGAUCACCUCGUUUGGGCCAUAGACGAACAAGCAGUGGAGGAGGAGCAGGUAAAACACUGUCGAUGGAGAAUAUACAAUCCCUUAAUGCAGCCUAUGCAACAUCUGGACCCAUGUACUUGAGUGACCAUGAGGGUGUAGCAGCAACUACAUUUCCAAAAGGAACCAUGACACUUGGAAGGGCUACAAAUCGAGCAGUCUACGGCGGAAGGGUCACAGCCAUGGGUAGCAGUCCAAACAUUGCUUCAGCUGGCCUUUCGCACACUGAUGUCCUGUCCUAUACUGACCACAUAGGCUUGACCAGCCCCUUACACCAUCAUCACCACCAUCACCAGGUUCCUUCCAUGUUGAGACAGGUAAGAGACAGCACCAUGCUCGAUCUUCAGGUACAGCUGAAGGACCUACAGAGGGAAAAUGAGCUUCUACGGAAGGAGCUGGACAUUAAAGACAGCAAGCUGGGAUCUUCCAUGAACAGUAUUAAAACAUUCUGGAGCCCAGAACUCAAAAAAGAAAGAGUCCUUCGUAAGGAGGAGGCAGCUAGGAUGUCUGUUCUGAGGGAGCAGAUGAGAGUUUCGCAUGAAGAAAAUCAGCAUUUGCAGUUGACCAUCCAGGCCCUCCAAGAUGAACUGCGGACUCAAAGGGACCUCAACCACCUUCUUCAGCAAGAAGGCGGAAACCGCGGCGCAGAACAUUUCACCAUUGAACUCACUGAGGAAAACUUCCGAAGGCUUCAAGCAGAACAUGACCGGCAAGCCAAGGAACUUUUUUUACUCAGAAAAACACUGGAGGAGAUGGAGCUGAGAAUAGAAACACAAAAACAGACACUAAGUGCCCGUGAUGAGUCCAUCAAAAAGCUUCUGGAGAUGCUGCAAAGUAAAGGGUUGCCCUCUAAAGGCAUGGAGGAGGAACAUGAGAAAACGCGGAGAAUGUUGGAAGCAGAAUCACAGCUUAAUCAUUUAGAAGUGCUUCUAGACCAAAAGGACAAGGAAAAUAUUCAUCUGAGAGAGGAGCUGCACAGACGGAAUCAACACCAGCCUGAAUCGGCAAAGACCAAAGCUCUGCAGACCGUCAUCGAGAUGAAGGACACCAAAAUUGCAUCUCUUGAAAGAAACAUUCGAGACCUUGAAGAUGACAUCCAAAUCAUAAAAACAAAUGGUAUCCUGAACACAGAAGACCGGGAGGAGGAAAUCAAACAGAUGGAAGUUUACAAAAGUCAUUCAAAGUUUAUGAAAAGCAAGAUUGACCAGUUGAAGCUGGAACUGUCAAAGAAGGAAUCUGAACUUCUUGCCUUACAAACCAAGCUGGAAACUCUUGGCAAUCAGAAUUCAGACUGCAAGCAACACAUUGAAGUACUUAAGGAAUCUCUUACUGCCAAAGAACAGAGGGCUGCGAUCCUUCAGACAGAGGUGGAUGCUUUACGGCUGAGAUUGGAAGAGAAGGAAUCGUUUCUAAGCAAGAAAACCAAGCAGCUUCAGGACCUUACAGAAGAGAAAGGCACCCUGGCUGGGGAGAUCAGAGAUAUGAAAGACAUGCUUGAAGUCAAGGAGAGGAAAAUCAACGUUUUACAGAAAAAGAUUGAGAAUCUUCAGGAACAGCUUAGAGAUAAAGAUAAACAGCUUGGGAACCUCAAAGAUCGAGUCAAGUCCCUACAGACCGAUUCAAGUAAUACGGAUACGGCUCUUGCGACUUUGGAGGAAGCACUCUCUGAAAAGGAGAGAAUCAUUGAACGUUUAAAAGAACAGAGGGAAAGGGAUGACCGAGAGAGACUAGCAGAAAUAGAAAACUAUAAGAAAGAAAACAAGGACUUGAAAGAGAAAGUAAACAGUUUGCAAGCUGAGCUAACAGAGAAAGAGGCCAGUUUAAUAGAUUUGAAAGAACAUGCAACUUCUCUGGCUUCUUCUGGACUCAAGCGAGACUCCAAAGUGAAGUCCCUGGAAAUGGCCAUUGAACAGAAAAAAGAGGAAUGCAGUAAGUUGGAAGCGCAGUUGAAGAAGGCCCAUGAAGCAGAAGAGGAGGCCAGGAUGAACCCAGAGCUCGGUGACAGGGUCAAGCAGCUGGACAAAGAAGUGUCUUACUACAGGGAGGAGUGCAGCAAAGCACAGGCUGAGGUGGACAGGCUGCUGCAGAUACUGAAGGAGGUGGAAAAUGAGAAGAAUGAUAAAGACAAGCAAAUAGCUGAGCUGGAAAGGCUUAUGAAAGACCAGAAUAAGAAAGUGACCAAUCUGAAGCACAAUCAGCAAAUAGAGAAGAAAAAGAACACUCAAAUGGGGGACGAUGGCCGUCGAAGGGAUGAAAAUAUGCUGGAUAACUCCCAACAUCUCCAGAUGGAUGAUCUCAUGAAUGCUCUUGAAAAGACAAGACAGGAGCUGGAUUCCACCAAAGCCCGUCUCUCUGCAACUCAACAAACACUUGCUGACAAGGAAGCACACCUGAACAACUUGAUGAUAGACCGCCGAAAACAGCUAGAGGAGAUCCUGGAGAUGAAGCAGCAGGCUCUGCUGGCAGCAAUCAGUGAGAAGGAUGCUAACAUUGCCUUACUGGAACUAUCUGCCUCAAAGAAGAAGAAAACCCAGGAAGAAGUGAUAGCGCUAAAGAGAGAAAAGGACAGACUAGUUCACCAAUUAAAACAGCAGACACAGAACCGGAUGAAACUUAUAGCAGACAACUAUGAAGACGACCAUCACCAUCAUCACCAUCAUCACCACCACCAUCAUCACCGUUCUCCUGGGAGAACGCUUUCUAGCCAUAGGCCCUCUCCAGAUCAGGAUGACGAGGAGGGAAUAUGGGCAUAACAGCUCCAGCAAACCAAAGUUCCAGUUUUAUUUUAAGGGAUGAUCCCGUCUCUGCCGGAGUCACAUCGUCACAACAAGAUCUAAUGCUGUACAUUGAUCAUCUAUCCAACCUUUGCCUAGAGAGAGAACCCCAAGAACUUUGAUCUUUACUGAGCCCGUUAGGGAAGGAGGAACUGGAGGAGGAGAUUGAAGACAUCUGAAA